AUGAGAACAAUAAAAUAUUCUUUUCUGCUCAUUUUCCUACUUGGCGUCUGGGUCUCUGCAAUACCCGUCGCGGAAUUCCCUGAAAAACGAGAUGAUUACGUUACUUCUAAUAUAUUUGAACCUAUAGUUAUUCCUGAAAAACCUGACCAACCCCAAGUUCGCAAAUACACUUUAAAAUUAAGUCAAAAAGAUUUCGCUCCUGAUGGUUUUCAGCGUUUAUGUUCCUUAGUAAAUGAUCAAUAUCCCGGUCCUCUUCUUCAAGCUUAUAAAGGUGAUACAUUCUCUAUAACUGUGGAAAAUGACCUUCCUGUUGAGACGUCAAUGCAUUGGCAUGGAAUGUUUCAAAGAGGAACUCCGUGGUAUGAUGGUGUACCCGGAAUGACUCAAUGCGUAAUUCCUCAAAAGUCCUCUUUCACCUAUGAAUUCUCCGUUGAGAGUCAAAGUGGAACUUAUUGGUGGCAUUCACAUUACAUGUCUCAAUACAUUGAUGGCUUGCUAGGCCCCUUGGUCAUUCAUGAUAAGGAUGAUCCAUACGUGAAAGAAUACGAUUACGAAUAUGUGGUUACCUUAACUGAUUGGUAUCAUGGACAAUCCAAGGAUUUAUUGGCUCAAUUCUUGACUCCAGGAUAUACAGGACUUAAUCCCGUCCCUGAUUCAGGUCUUAUAAGUGGAAAAGGUCAAUACAAUUGCGAUGGUAAAUCUGGAUCCAAAUGCUCUCCUUAUGCCGUUUACAAAGUUAAAAAAGGAAAAAAAUAUAGAUUCCGUAUCAUUAAUACCAGUGCUGAAGCAUAUUACGCCUUUUCAAUUGAUGGUCAUAAGAUGAAAAUAAUUGAAGUUGAAGGAACUUUGGUUAAACCCGUCGAAGUUAAUCAACUUGGCCUUCAUAUAGCUCAACGAUACUCUGUGAUAGUUGAAGCUAAUCAAGAUGGUGGAAACUUCUGGAUGCGUGCUAAUAUGUCCGAAUCCUGUAUUGGUAAAAAUAAUCGGACUAUUAAUGCUAACUCACUUCUCAACAAUGAUGUUCGCGGCAUCCUCUCUUAUGAAGGUUCCGAUGAUAAAGUUCCUAAUUCUCAAGCAUUCCCUGAUGAAGUUACUCCAUGUAGAAAUCUUGACAGUAAAAAAUUAAAACCAUUAGCAGAUGCCCCAUGCCCUGAUAAAACUGAUUCUCUUUCACUCAACGUAACAUUUGGUCGUAGUGCAAAAAAUGUAUCUGAAGCAAGGAUAAACAAUUCAAGUUACGUUCCAACUUAUUCAAACCCAACACUUUUGGGCAUUAUUGAAAAUAACCUUGAUGUAAAAACUUUGCCAAGAUCACAAAACGCACAUUCAUUUGACAAUGAAAAGGGUAUUCUUGAAAUAACCGUGUUUAAAGGUGCAGGACAAAAAGUUGACGAAGGUUCUUUAAAUAAGCAAGAUCCCCCGAUUCGUGAUACUACAAUAAUUCCAGCUAACGGAUGGUCGGUUUUGCGUAUGAGGACCGAAAAUCCUGGUGUUUGGAGUUUCCAUUGUCAUAUUGAAUGGCACAUUGAACUUGGUAUGGCAGAACAAUUGGUCUUUGUCCCUUCAAAAUUAAAGGAUUUCAAAUUACCUGAUAGUGUUAAAG